GCUGUUCUGAACGACCAGUUCAAAAACGAGGAAGGCGUGGUUGGGUGGGUUUUGUGUUGGAGGAACGCUGUGCCGCAGUCAUUUACAGUAAAUUGCUUCAAUACACACCCACCAAACGUACCUCAAAGUAUGUUCAAGAUCGUUUUAGGGAACCAGUACAAACCGUUAAGCAACGUAAACGUUCAAUCGAACUGAACGCACCCCUGAGUAUCCUGGGAUGACUGUUUCCGCCUCUAGCCAGCUGUCCCAAUGAAUGAGGCGGAGGAUCUCCAUCUUUGCUUCUCGGAGAUAUAACGUUUCACUAACAGUAUCUUUAGAUAUCACAAUGCCGACCCUCACACCCCACGUGUAUUGGGCACAGCGUCAUGGAGACAUCUACCUGCGUGUGGAGCUGAGUGACGCUAAGAAUCUUGAUAUCUGCGUACAAGACAACACCCUGCAAUUCAAAGCUCAGGGUCAUGGAGCUAAAGGAGACAAUGACUAUGAGUUCAGUCUGGACUUCCUGGAACCAGUAAAACCUGAGGUUAGUCACAGGUCGACCCAGCGCCUGGUAAAUGUGACAGUGAGGAAGCAAGAGCAGCGUUGGUGGGAUAGACUCACUCUGCAGGAGAGGAAACCUCUCUUCCUGGCACCAGACUUCGACCGUUGGCUCGACGAAUCAGACGCGGAGAUGGAGCUUCAGGCUAAGGUAGUAAGGACCAGGGAAGAGGAGAAGAUAAACAAGGUCAGCAUCGAGUCAAGAAUCCGUAAAGACCCCUACCUGGGUCUGAAGAAGGGGUAUCUGUUCAUGUACAACCUGGUCCAGUUCCUGGGCUUCUCCUGGAUCUUUGUCAACAUGACCGUCCGUCUCUUCAUCCUGGGACAAGACUCGUUCUAUGACACGUUCCACACCAUUGCUGACAUGAUGUACUUCUGUCAGAUGAUGGCCGUAGCAGAGGUCAUUAACCCUCUAGUGGGUCUGGUCAAGACAGGGGUGUUCCCAGCUAUGAUCCAGGUGGUGGGUAGGAACGUAAUCCUGUUUGUGAUCUUCGGUAGUCUGGAGGAGAUGCAGAACAAAUCAGUGGUCUUCUUCGUCUUCUACCUCUGGAGCACCAUAGAGAUCUUCAGGUAUCCAUUCUACAUGCUGGCCUGCAUCGACACAGACUGGAAGCUGCUGACCUGGCUCAGAUACUCCAUCUGGAUGCCCCUCUACCCUCUGGGGGUGCUAGCAGAGGCUAUAGCUGUGAUCCAGUCCCUGCCUGUCUUUGAUGAGACCCGUCUGUACAGCAUCCCUCUACCUACGGUCCUGGGCUCGUCCUUCAGCUUUUCCUUCACUCUGAAGAUCUACCUGGUCCUCAUGUUCCUCGGCCUGUUCAUCAACUUUCGCCAUCUGUUUCGCCAGAGGAGGAGACGAAUGCGCUCCAGGAAGAGGAAAAUGAACUAACGGAUAGAAAGACAAACCUCACGAUCUCUCCAGUCUCACUGCUGGUUGCCUUUUCACACCUCUCCUCUCCUUACACCACUCUCCUCACUGCACAUCUCUGUCCUCUCUCCCCUCUCCUCUGUCCUCUCUUCUCUCACACCUCUCCUCUCCUUACACCUCUCUCCUCACUGCACAUCUCUGUCCUCUCUCCCCUCUCCUCUCACACCUUCCUUUCCUUUCACACCCUUUCCUCUCUUCUCUCCUCCACUGAUAAACAAACGACCACAUCCUCGUCUUCUCCUUUAACUGUGGAGGUACCUCCUCUAACACAAACCCUUCUCUUCCUCACCCAGUCUGUCCAUCAGAGGUACCUCCUCUAACACAAACCCUUCUCUUCCUCACCCAGUCUGUCCAUCAGAGGUACCUCCUCUAACACAAACCCUUCUCUUCCUCACCCAGUCUGUCCAUCAGAGGUACCUCCUCUAACACAAACCCUUCUCUUCCUCACCCAGUCUGUCCAUCAGAGGUACCUCCUCUAACACAAACAAGUGCAUUCAAUUCAUACCCUCUUUGUAUGAUUUAUGUCCAUGUCAUACUGUACUGUUAGUAUUGACAGAUACAUGUCAUACUGUACUGUUAGUAUUGACAGAUACAUGUCAUACUGUACUGUUAGUAUUGACAGAUGCAUGUCAUACUGUACUGUUAGUAUUGACAGAUACAUGUCAUACUGUACUGUUAGUAUUGACAGAUACAUGUCAUACUGUACUGUUAGUAUUGACAGAUACAUGUCAUACUGUACUGUUAGUAUUGACAGAUACAUGUCAUACUGUACUGUUAGUAUUGACAGAUCCAUGUCAUACUGUACUGUUAGUAUUGACAGAUCCAUGUCAUACUGUACUGUUAGUAUUGACGGAGCCGUACUAUAAACGGUUCUAGCUUCUCUUGGCCAGACUAAACAACUUAUGUCUUUUCUGAACCCCAUUUUGCAGCUACUGUAAUCCUCAUAAUGGACCUGCCUUCACUUUUAAUUCAGGAAGUCAAAUAAAAAUUGCCCAUUGUAUUCUAUGAGGAGUUUUCAAAUCCCUCUUUUUUUAAAUUUGGAUCCACUUUAAUGACUUGACUGAAUAGAACUGAAUUGACGCUGACUCUGUUCCAGUCAUUGAUAUAACAGUCAUGUUGUACUUUACUACUAUCCCAUCUGACCAUGAGUCAGCGUCAGGCUGAAUGCUAUACAUUUGUUUUGUUACAAGUUGUUGUUUAAAGGCCCAGUGCACUCAGAAAUAUGUAUUUCUAUAUAUGUCCACACUAUGAGGUUGGAAUAACACUGUGAAAUUGUGAACAUUAUGAUAAUGUAAGAGUUGUUUGAAUAGACUGUCUGACAUUUCAGCCUGUUUUGGCAGGAUGGAGUUUUGGCCUUCCACGGUGACAUCACUAUGGGGUGAAUUAGUUAAUAAACCAAUAAGAAAGAAGAGUUCUAAACCCCUCAGCCAAUAACAGCACAUUUUGAGUUUUCCCCUCCCCACUCAGACCACUCCCAGACAGACCCGUUGUUAACAAUCUACUUUUGUUUUAUUUUUGACCAUUUUAAUUCAAAUCACAGUGAGGUACUUUAUUGUUACCCAGAAAUGAUUUGAUAUUGACAUGAAACAGCUGCAUUGGACCUUUUUUAAAUAUUGCUUUAUUCCUAAAUGAAAUUUUGUAUGCCAACAGUGUUUCUCAUGCAGUAUAGAAUCAAGCUGCAUUCUGGGAUGUAAGCUACUGUAUUCUCCAGUGAUGUUUAUAGUAGAUAUCAUGGGGACUAUCUCCAUCAUGCCAUCCUUGCCGUGUUGUUCAAAGGCUCACUGAUCUGUGUCUGAUGACAUGGUUAGAGAUGCGUCCCGACUCUCCACACUUCUAGAGUGUGCUCUUGCACACUCCCUGUCAUGGAAACGGACAUAGAGAACCAGUCAGAGCCCAGAACCUCAGGGAAAUGGACAUUGUUAGAGAAUUAAGGGAAGAGGAUCACUGUCUGGAAUCAUGUGUUUUAAUAAAAGGUUUUGAAUGGUUGAAGGAUAAAUUAUAAUGUGUGAUAUUAUAAUAACCAAUAAAGUUGUGUGAAAUAAAGUGAA